UCAAGACUAUACAGUUUGCUCCCUCAUGAAUCAUGUUAAAAUCUUCCACAAGUUGGUUUAAAAUUAUCAUGGAUGAAAACUCCCACAAAUGAUUGUUGUCGACCACUCAUUUGUUCCCUGGUUAUUUAUGCUUAGAUAAAUCGACUAAUUAAUUCUCGUUAACAUUAAAAAAUAAAAUAAAAAAAUUCACGUACGGACAUUAAAAGGGUCACAAUGACACAUAAAUACAUGAUAUAAUCUUUAAAGAUAAGAACUCUAGCAAAGUUUAAUUCUUAAUUAGGACGUGUUUCAUGGAAGAUGAACUAUCAUAUUCGAGCAUAUAGUAGUAACAGUAUAAAUUAAUGGGAUUUUAUAUGAAAGUUUACUAUACAAAAGAUAAUCACAUAGAUUUCCACCAAUCAAACCUAAAAUAAGUGUUUUUUUUCAAUUCCCUACUACGCCCAGAUUGUUGAGAAGUCAAAAAAGAGGCUUUUGCCUAAUUCAUAUGUAUAUUUUAAAAAAAAAAUUGGAGUAAUUUAUCCAUCGUUCUACCCUUGCCAUUCUUUUUGCGUGUAUGUUAGGACUCAAUAUAUAUAUCCAGGGAAACAAACCUCACACUAAUAUACUACGUAUAUAGAGAAACAACACGUCAACACCUAUUCCAAUUCACCACCUCCCCUCUCUACUCUCAUUCUCGUAAGUGUGUGGUACACAAUACUUCAAGUAGCAAUUUAACAAGAAGAGUAGAAAGUUAUGAAUAAAUGGAUAAUCAGUGGACUGGUAACCUUUAAGUGUAACCACUGCAAUGAUCACGAUUGUGUCGACGGGUUUUUGGCUAUUGAACCAGCCAAGCGACAUGUGCCUAGGCAUCAGCACGAGUGCGAAGUAUGAUGGGCGUGGAGAAUUCACGUCAAUUAUCUAUGUAGGUGCAGGAUUCGGUCUAAUCGUUACGGUCUUGUGCCUGUUUGUUAUGCCAAUGCGGCACAAUUGGAAAAAUGGUGAGUCUAGUAACAAGCGUGUGAUCAUUGCCGUUACUUGCUUUGGGCUGCAGCUUGUCUUCCUUAUAUUGUUUGCUAGCCUCUAUGCUCUUACACAAAGCACUGUCGGUUUCGCCUCGCUUCCGAGGUGGAUUUCUAGCCCUGAAAGAUGGAUGAGCAUCAAUCACUGCCUUGAUAGCAAUGUGUGCGUUCAUUUUCGGCAUAAGUAUGCUGAUGAUACUCAAGAUCAGUUUUUUGCUAGACACUUGACUCCUAUUGAGUCAGGAUGUUGCAAGCCGCCGUUGGAUUGUAACUUCAGUUUCUCAAGCCCUACUAUUUGGAUCAAGCCAUCAAACGGCACCUACUCAAAUCCUGACUGCUAUGAAUGGGAAAAUGACCCGAAGAAGCUUUGUUAUAACUGUCAAGUAUGCAAGCUUGGUUACGUUCAAGAAUUGAAGAAAGCAUGGACAAUUAGUGGCAUUUUUGUCGUUACAGCAUUGCUGUUCUUUGUUUCUGGUUUCAUGUUGCCAAGAAAGCUUGUUAAGGAACACGAAGAAUUAAGCUAGGAUAAAUAUGUACUCCAAUUCGUACGAUUUAUUCACUAGCAUUUGUAAAAUCUCAAUUUUAGUACUUAAGGUGAAAUGGUACGACAAUGUAUUAUAUAUAGGAAAAAUUGCUUUAAAUAAUACCACCUUUUACCUGUCCGUUAAAAACAAGCCAACCUUUUGUUUAGUUCAGAAUAAUACGA